CGUCUGAGAUUGCCGGCUGCUGCGAAUCGGGGAGCCUGUGUUCUCCCUCCGGGUCAAUCCAUCCCUGAGAAGAGAGGUCGCCGCCACGGCUGGGAACUGGCCGCCAGCGGCCAAUGCGAAAUUGGCUGGUGCUUCUGUGCCCGUGUGCGGUCGGGGUCGUGCUGCACCUCUGGCUGCUGCUCCUCAGCUGCCCGGCUGGUGGCCCCGGGAAGCAGCACCCGGCAGGUCUGUUGGCUUUCUUUCCUCACUGGAAACCGAAGCAUUACGAUGUCAUUGUAGGGGUACUGUCUGCAAGACACAACGAAGAAUUGCGUAAUGUUAUAAGAAGCACUUGGGUCAGGCAUCUGAAGCAACAUCCAGGAUUAAGUCAACGUGUCCUUGUGAAGUUCAUAAUUGGUGCACGUGGAUGUGAUGUGCCACUGGAAGAUCGAGAAGAUCCUUAUUCAUGCAGACUUCUGAACAUCACUAGCCCAGUCCUGAAUCAAGAAAUUGAAGCAUUCACUUUGCCAGAGGAUGAUACUUCAAUGCUUUCUGAAGACAGAAUUGUCAGUGUACAUUUCAAAGUCCUUUACCCGAUUGUUAUCACGAGCCUUGGGGUUUUCUACAAUGCUAAGGAUGUAGGAUUCCAGAGAAACAUCACAGUGAAACUGUACCAGGCAGAACAGGAGGAGGCACUGUUCAGUGCCCGUUUUAGUCCUCCUAGUUGUGGAGUACAAGUGAACAGACUCUGGUACAAGCCUGUAGAACAGUUCAUUUUGCCUGAGAGUUUUGAAGGCACUAUUGUGUGGGAAAGCCAGGAUCUGCAAGGCCUUGUUUCUAAAAAUCUUCACAAAGUGACGGUGAAUGAUGGAGGAGGUGUCUUCAGAAUCACAACGGCAGGAGAAGGAUCAUUGCCAUAUGAAUUUACGCAAGGUGUGGAAGGAAUCGCAGGUGGUUUUAUUUACACUAUUCAAGAAGGAGAGGCCCUUUUACAAAGCUUGCAGAGUCGCCCUGAAAGGAUUAUGCAUCAUGUAAAUAAACUUAAAGAGGAAGAUGCCUUAUUGAAAGAUGAAAGCAACACUUACGAAGAUAUUGUUUUUGUUGACGUUGUUGACACAUACAGAAAUGUUCCAGCUAAAUUAUUAUACUUCUAUCGAUGGACGGUAGAAUCGGCAAGCUUCAACGUAUUGCUGAAAACAGACGAUGACUGCUACAUAGAUCUGGAAGCUGUGUUCAACAGAAUAAAGCUUAAAAACUUGGGCAGACCAAAUACUUGGUGGGGAAAUUUCAGAUUAAAUUGGGCAGUUGAUCGGACAGGGAAGUGGCAAGAACUGGAGUAUCCAAGUCCUGCAUACCCAGCCUUCGCUUGUGGAUCUGGUUAUGUCAUCUCCAAAGACAUUGUAGAAUGGCUUGCAAGCAAUUCAGAGAGACUAAAAAUAUAUCAGGGUGAAGAUGUGAGUAUGGGUAUUUGGAUGGCAGCAAUUGGGCCCAAACGAUAUCAGGACAAUUUGUGGUUAUGUGAGAAGACAUGUGAGAGUGGUAUGCUGUCUUCUCCUCAGUAUUCUCCACAGGAACUUACAGAUCUAUGGAGAAUAAAAGAACUUUGUGGAGAUCCCUGUAAAUGCGAAGAGAGCUGAAGACUUUACAAAACAAAAUGCAGUGGCUCCACCUGGACAGCGUCUAAUAGAAGUUUUCAGUUAUACAUUAGAUAGGGGAAUACUCAUAAGGUAACUUCUCAGAAAUCUCCAAAAAAAUUGCAUUAAUUCUACAUGUAGAUUGACAUUUGAGACAAAUGCACCAAGUGUCUGUCAGUACCAAUUAUGCCCCUCCCCUUUAUGGUUAUACGAAGUGAGAUGUGUGCAUUUAUCACAGGUGGCGAACUACACAUAUUUAUCCUUCAUGUAGGUAAUUUCUCUUGUGAACUGGCCCUUAUUGCAAUGUUUGCACAUUCAAUUUAUUUUUUAAACAGAUAUAUCCUAGGUUUGAUUACUCUUCAGUACAGUGUUUCUCAAACUGGAGCCCAGAAACCCCUGGAAGGGGGGCAGGCUGAAAGUUCAUGGUAAGGACAGAGCACAAGCAGCAAUUCUAAGUCUAUCUGGCUCAUGUGAAAAUAGUGUGCUCUCAGUUUUCUAGGAAUAUCAGGGGAAAGAAAAGGGUUCCUCCCUCUUUUGAAGGGAAGGAACGCACAGAGCUCCAGUUCACCUCAGAGCACCAACCAGAAAAUGUUGCUGGGAACCAACAGGAAAUCUAAUUGGUUUACAGGCACCAGGGAGGUAAACCCCUAUUGCAGUCAUCAGUUACUUUUGACAUAACUGAACUACCUUUCAUUUUAUAUUCCCGCCCCCCGC